AUGCUGGCGUUUGAACACAGCUCAGGGGCGAGCUGGGCGGGCUAUCACGCGAUCACCAACAGUGCCAGCUUCCCGUGCUCCCCCUCACCCUCUGGCUCCCUCUUCUCCCCCAUACCCGGCUCCGCUCCGGUCCCUGCACCCCCGACCCGCAAGGCCCGGCUGGGCGUGCUGCUCAGCUUUGCACUGCGUGCCGCCGUGGCCAGCGACCAGUACCUCCUGCAGGUGGCGGACGCAGGCAACCACAGCGGCCACCCCCACUCGCGGCUCUGGCGCAUCUGCGAAGGGCAGAACAGCUGCAUCCCGAUUGACCCCUUUGCCACUGAGAGCCUUGACGCCUCCACCUUGGCGCAGCACCUCAUGUCGCUGCGCUGAGCCCUCGUGGUGGUCCUGCCCCCGAGCCACGUCCUUGUCGUGUGCGGCCGGAUCCGUGGCCUCCUCGGCUCCCCGGCCCAGAGCUUCCCCCGGCUGCUCUUCAUGGGCUGCCGCUUCUUGUUGGGGGGCCCCGCUGCUCUGAGCGUGGGGCCCACCCUGACCGUUGAGCUGCAGCAGGCGGGGGCGCCCUGGAUCACCCUGCCAGCCACCCACCCGCUGUCCCCAGCUGCCCACGGCUGGCUGUCGCUGACCGUGGGUUGGAGGCUCCUCAGGGCCAGUGGGCAGAAGCUUCCGAGGCUGUGUCUGCGCACCCACCUUGGCCAGGGGCCCAGGCAGGGCAGGCGCCCCCAGCAGGCAGACGCGCUGAGUGGUCACUCUGCACCCCCUCCCCCAGGCGCCCUGACCCUGGCAGGGGUCAGCACCUACAUCAGCUACUCACACCUGGCCUUAGCUGACACGGCCCGCCAGGACGGCCCCCGACACGUGCAGGACAUCUGCAUCAGCUUUGGCUGGUCUGUGGCCUGGGGCUCCUGUCCCUCAGAGGCACCCAGCGGAGUCCUCCUGGUCACAGAGGCUCGAGCCCUCAGCCUGAACGCAGCCGGGCGCCCCCCACUCUGUGGGCAUCUGAGUCCCAGGCAGGCAGGUCAUGGCAGAGGGGCUCGGUACCUGAGUCAGGCGGAAAAGCUACCCCAGGCCUCAGGAGGGGGCAGUUCGAGAGAGAAGCAGGCCUUUGUCCCCGUCCUGGUGCUGCUGCUCCUUCUGAGGGGCCGGCGCUCCAGGACCCGAUCCUGGUCUGCAGCUCCCUGGGGAAUGUCUGUGAUUGCCAGGGCCGUGUGGGCCCCUGAACAAGCAGGUUCAGGGCCCUCCUGA